AUGUCAGUACUGUCUCUGUUGUUGAUGUAUUGUUUGAAGAGAGACAGUUCAACAAGCCAGUCCUUGAAGGCACUGACAGACCUUGUUGUCAACCCCCACCAUCGGACGCCAGAGAGCCGCCAAGAACCGGGCUUCCAGCAUCUUCCUGGCUGCGCAAACUGCUUUUUUAGCGGGCCCAGACGAUGCGCCUCUUUCGGCUCCAGGGCAAGGGGGGGCACCCAGGGCUCCUCAAGGGCAGCCUGCGGGGGAUCCGAGGAGAGGGCGGGGGAUGCCACGAACACGGGUGGGAGGCUGCGCCCCCGCGAUCCGCGGCCCCCAGCGGGGCACAUCCCCUGUGCCGCCGCCCCCCGGGGCGGUGCGGGGGCCGCGGACAGGUGUGGGCCGGCAGGGGGGCGGGCGGCGGGGCGGGGGCGGCCGGGUUUGUGUGUAGACAGCCGGGCGGCGCUGCCCCCCGUGCGGCGGCGGUGGCGGCGGCGGCAGUGGGAGCCGCGGCCCCGCGAUAAAAGGGAAGGGGCCGGGCGCUGCGCGCUGCGGCGGCACCGGCAGGGAGGGAGGGAGGGAACCGGGGAAGGAGCAGGAGGGCUGUGCCGAGAGGAGAGACGCCGCCCGCCCGCCUGUCCGUCCGUCCGUCCGUCUGUCUUUCUGUCUCUGUCCGUCCGUCCUCCCGGAGGAAUCCCGGGCGGCCCCCCUUCUCCCUCCCGGCGGGAGGCGGCCGCGCAUCGAGGAGGAGCCGCCGCCGCCGCCGCCGCCUCAUCCUGCGGCACCGGCCGGCGCUGCCAGGAGCCCGGCGAGCGCAGGUGGCAGUGUAGAAGCCAAGAACAAAAAUUGGCAGAAAUUAUGUUCUGUAUACAAGAAAAUGAAGAGAGUGUACUCAUGACUAAGCACAGGAACCUGGAAAACCACAGGAUUCCUGGGAAGCCAUGGAGGAUGGAACAAACUCAGAGAUGGAGCCUGAAGAGUUCUUGGAACUUGUGUAUGGGAAGUUAUCCUGACUUUGGUCAGCUGAUCUGUGGUGACUGGUCAGCCCACCAAGACGGUACCUCAGCAUGCAGCCUCUUUGUUCCAAAACGUUAUGAUGAUGACCAAAUGCUUCUGUCUCAUAACUUGGGCAAGUCGCAGAGAACCAUGCAGCCUGUCCAUGUCAGGUCAUUCAGAGAUGUCCAGGGCAGAAAUGCAUGUGCCCAUGCAGGGUGCUGAACGUUCAGAGGCUUGUACCCAUCUUCAGUCCGGUGGAACUGCUAUGUACAGGCAGAACAUCUGCCUAGGAUACAGACUUUCCAACCAUGUCUUCUUUUGCUGCCCAGAAACUCUGUCCAGACACGAUCUGAAAAAUACAUGUCCAUUUGGCCUGGAUUUGUAGAUGUUCAGCACUCCAGAAGGAGUGAUAUUUCCAGUCAGAAAAUGAGACAAGAUCAACAAAACACAGACACAUGAAAGCUGUAUCUCUUCCAACACAGAUGGACUGGAUGCAUACUCCCUUGGAAGACACUUUCAUCUUUAUACCUCUGUUCCAACAACUUUUAUUAUAAACUGGAGCCCAUUGUGUCAAUUCACCCUUGUUUCAGCAAAUUUCAGCUCAGCCUUGCUUCUAGGCUCCCGUUUGUGAGCCCUGACUGUCAGCCAAGGAAAUUAAUCUGUGUUGCCUGACUGCAGGCUCUAAAAAACAAAAGAAACCCCAAAAGCUAAGUAGUGGUUCACAUGCAAAUGUGAUGCCUAAAAAACAUUUAAGGGAUGUCUCAGUGGAAAGAGAAUUAGAGACCAACCUUAAAUCCAUUGCUGAUGAUGACUCAAAAAUGAAGGAACAGGAACACAGAUCAAGUAGAUAGGGGUUCCUAAAACAUUCUCUGGAACAGCAAACCACACUGAAGAAUCCAAGCACUGCAAAUGAGACACUAAGCUGCAGUUUGACUAAGCUGUCCUGAAAGUGGCUGGUAUGUUUGCAGCAGAAGAGAUGCUUUCCGGGAGCAUGUAGCUAUCACUCUGCUCAAUCAGAGAGGCAGUCAUAAUGAUAAGGCAGUAACCUCUC